AUGAGUCUAGAACCAGAUAAUGAGGAAUGGGUAGAGAAUUCGGUUGCGCCCCGACGUCAAUCCAAACGAGCCAAACGAGAGCCUGCAUUUCCCUCGAGCCCUUCAGCACCUAAUGUACUAGAAGAUCUGGACCUAAAGCAUGCAUCCUCAUUUCUAAAAUCUAUGCAAAAGCUUGCGAUUCCGGAUGAAGAAUUUGAGUCGGUCUCCGAGCCUAUGAUUUACGAACUUACAGACGCAAGGCGAAGGGUCGAAGCUGCAAGUGUGUUUCGGAAUGAACAUGGUCAUGUUGUUCGUCCGUUGUCUCGAAUCGAAGGGGACCAAUUAAUCGAUGAAAUCACCGUCAAACAGCAAGCGGGUACAGCGACCGUCUCAGAGAAUAUUUUACUGCGCCGACUGAGCCAAAGAGGUAGCCUAGUUCCUACUCCUGACCCAUCGACAGAACUGCCCCCAGCAGUAGAGGCGUUAGGCAAGGUGAUUGAACCUCCACCUCCGCCUCGAGAAGUACUCAACGGGCUAUACGCCAUAAAAUCAACCCCACUCGAAAAUUCGUUUGUAUCACGGCUUUACGGGGGGCAUAUUUCCUCGCCAAUGGUUUUUUUUCAAGAUUGGGAGACCAUGUCGCCUUGGAUGGAGCUCAUGUCGGAUGUCAUGAACCAUCAUCGUCUUUCCCACCCCGAAGAUAUGGAUAUCGACACUUAUAGCUGGGCUCCGAUAACAUAUACACCUAUAUAUGCGUGGCAUCUUUCCCAAGUUCACGACUUGCUUGAACGCGCAUUUUGGCUAGGCAUUGAUGUAUCCGAUUCGGUGAAGUGGGAUGCCGAACAAUGCAGCGUCGUAGCGCUCUACAAGAAGCUAGUAGUUGGGUGUGCAUUUCUCAGCGAGACAAUUGAUCCAUAUGUUACAUACAUUGCCGUGCGAGCGGGGUGGGAACAAUCGGGUAUUGCUACAUUCAUGAUCUAUCACUUAAUCAAAGCCAAUCCGAACUAUGACAUCUCACUUCAUGUUUCAGCAACAAAUCCAGCCAUGCUCCUGUACAAUCGUUUUGGGUUCAAAGCUGAGGAGUUUGUAGUGGGGUUUUAUGACGAUUACCUGGACAGCCAGUCCAAGUUAUGUAGAAACGCAUUAAGAAUGAGAUACAGGAGAUAA